UCUGGCAACCAAUCAUCUGUUAAAGAAUUUGUCUUCCUGUCUUUCCCAGUACACCGUGAGAUGCAGAUCUUCUUCUUUCUGGUCUUGCUGCUCACUUACCUCCUAACCCUCAUGGGAAAUGUAGUCAUUCUCUGCCUUAUAUGGACCAACCAAAGUCUCCACACGCCCAUGUAUUUCUUCCUCAGCAACUUGUCUUUCCUGGACAUCCUCUUCACUACAGUAAUUGCCCCCCAUAUGCUCUCCAAUCUUCUGGCUGAGAAGAAAAUCAUUUCUUUCCCUAGCUGCAUCACCCAGCUUUAUUUUUAUUUCUUCCUGGGGACGGUGGAAUUCAUCCUUUUAGCUGUCAUGUCAUUUGAUCGUUAUGUGGCCAUAUGUAACCCACUGAGAUACACUGUAAUUAUGAAUGGACGGGUCUGCUUUUUAAUGGUUUUGGGAUGUUGGGUGGGAGCCUUUCUGUCAGUCCUUUGUCCUACAGUUGUUGUCUCCAGACUUCCUUUCUGCCGGCAUGCCAUCAACCACUUCUUUUGUGACAUUGCACCCUUGUUGGAAGUGGCCUGUGUGAACACUCACUUCAUAGAACUCCUUGAUUUCCUGAUGUCUUCUCUAGUUGUCCUCAGCUCUUUGAUGCUCACUGUGGUAUCUUACAGCUACAUCAUCUCCACCAUCCUCAAAAUCCCAUCUGGACAAGGGAGGCAGAAGGCCUUUUCUACCUGUGCCUCUCACAUCACUGUGGUCACCAUCGCCUAUGGAAGUUCCAUCUUCAUGUAUGUCCGUCCAAACCAAAGCUACUCCCUGGCUUUUGAUAAGGUUGCUGCUGUCCUGACAACAGUGGUGACCCCACUUUUGAACCCUUUUAUAUACAGCCUCAGGAAUGAGAAAGUCAAAGAUGUUUUGAAGGACCUUUUUAGGCGUGAGCCCCAGGCCUCACUGCCCUUAAGGGCUUUGCCUUUUGGUGACACAGCAAUGCCACUAGGUGAUCACCUUUUCCCAGCAACAAGGGAGAAAAUCCUCAAGGAGGAAUGUGUGGACAUCUUUGCCCUUCUCUUCAGGGAGCUGCAGAAGAAGGGUAAAGAUGAGCUGGAUGAUGGGGAUAAAGAGCUUCUUGAGCACCACAAAGUCGACAGGACCUGGGCUAACUGGGUCUCUGAGUUCCUGAUUUAUACAGAUGUUAUUGCCCGCACCCAGCCUUGGAGGGAGGCACUCCUGUUUCAAUAUAUGGACAUCAUAUAA